AUGAAGGACUGCCAUGUCGUGCAUGCUCGAAUGGAGGCACAGCUGAAGCUAAGCAAGGAUAGCUCCGAGAAGGCAGUAGAUGCUAUGCUCUACUGCAACAUCAUCAAGAGUCUCAGGUACCUCGUACACACCCGACCAGACAUCACAUUCGUUGUCGGGUACCUGAGUAGGUUCAUGGAAGCCCCGGCAAGCGAUCACCUUGCUGUCGUCAAGCACCUGCUCCGAUGCAUCACGAGUACGCUCACGCAUGGAUGCGUGUAUCGCCGUGGCAAUAGCAAGAGCUUGGUCGGGUACAGCGAGUCCGACCACGCUGGUGACAUGGACUCCCAGGAGAGCACCUCGGGCAUACUGUUCCUUCUCGGGAAUAGUCCCGUCAGCUGGCAAUCGGUGAGGCAGAAGAUUGUCACCGCAUCUUCGUGCAAGGCGGAGUACAUCUCGGCAGCUAAAAUGGCCUGUCAAGGCAUUUGGCUUGCUCGCCUUCUCGACGAGAUGCUAAAUCAGGACACCGCCCCGGCGCUCCUCUUCGUCGACAACAAGUCGGCGAUUUCCCUCAGCAAGAAACCCAGUGCUUCACGACCACAGCAAGCACACCGAUCUCCUCUAUCACUUCAUACAUGA